AUGAGCAUGAGCGGCCAUGAAGGCAUAGCGCCGCUGGUAGAAUGGGCCGUGUCUCACGGCGCCAGGCUGCAUCCUGCUGUGCAAGUGUAUCAGGAUCCUCGGACCGGUCUCUCCUUCCGCGUCAACCCGUCCGCGCCUUGUGCGGUGCAGCCGUACGAGCCCAUUGUGCAGCUGCCCACGUCUCUCACCCUCUCCUACUUGAAUGCCGUGCUGGAGGAGGAGGAGGAGGAGCAGCAGCACCAUCACCAGCAUCACCACCAGCAUCACCACCACCACCACCGCCAGCUGCUUGCCAAGGCGCAGCCCCAGGUGGUCGGCCGCCUGUUCCUCAUCAACGAGUAUCUCAAAGCCGACCAGUCGUUUUGGUACCCCUACAUCCGAGCCCUGCCCCAGCCCGACGGCCCCGCCUGGGCGCUCCCGCCCUUCUGGCCCGACGAAGAAGCCGAGCUGCUGGAAGGCACCAACGUCGAGGUCGGCAUCGAAAAGAUAAAGGCCGACGUGCGGCGUGACUACAAGGAGGCCCGGGCCUUGCUGGCCGCCGCCGCCGCCGCCGCCGCCGGCUGCUCCAGCACCUGCACCUGCUCCUGCACCUGCGCCCUCCCCCAGGACGCCCUCACCGUGGAGCUGUACCAGUGGGCGUACUGCAUCUUCUCGAGCCGCAGCUUCCGGGCCAGCCUGGUGCUCUCGGCCGCGCAGCAGAGCAGGCUGCCGGACGGCGUGCUGGUCGACGACUUCUCCGUCCUGCUGCCGCUCUUCGACGUUGGCAACCACGACAUGACGGCCGAGGUGCGCUGGCAUCUCGACCACGCCAGCCAGCGCUGCGAGCUCCAGGUCGGCCGGGCCCACCGCCCGGGCCAGCAAAUCUUCAUCAACUACAGCAUGAAGACCAACGCCGAGCUGCUCCUCGGCUACGGCUUCAUGGUCCCCGCCACCCCCGAGCUGCACAACGACUACACCCACGUGCGCAAGAGGGCCGCGGCCACCGCCGACGCCGACGAUGGCGCCGGCGAGCCCCAGCCGUCGGGCGAGUAUCUCUUCUCGCUGCGGCCCCUGUCGCACCCCAGCUCCGUCCUCGCCCGGUCCAAGCAGUCCCUGCAGCUGGACCCGUCGACCAAGGUGCUGGGAUCCUUCCAGCACGUCCAGCCCGAGAUGGUCUGGGACAUAAUCUGCACCCUGACCGACCGCGAGCAGCGCCGCCGGCUACUCCCCCCCCCGGCGGCGGCGGCGGCGGCGGCGGCGGGCCAGGACGACCAGGACCGGUACCACAUGGACAGGUUCUUCUCGGGCCAGGUGGCGGGCGAGGCGGCGGCGGUGCUGGAGCAGACGGUGGCCAUUAUCCAGCACAAGGUGCUGCAGGAGCUCGAGAGGCUGAACGAGACAGAUGUCGAGGUGGUGGGGGGAGACUGGGAGGGCUUGACGCGGAACCAGCGGCUGGCGUUGGAUUACCGCGGCAGGUGCAGGGAGGUGCUGGAGAGCGUGCUCAAGGCCAUGAGCGGAGACGGCAUGUUUGAUGGGGAGGAGCCGGCAAACGCUGCUUGA